ACAUGGCGGAUGACGGCCAUUCAUUCUGUUUACACGGCGUGAGCUGUCGUGGGAAGAAUACAAUCGUUGCCUUAUCUUAUUUCAGAGGUGUGUACGUUACAUCAAAACUAUUGUUUCAUAACGCAACGAGGUCUCGAGUUUGAGUCAAGGACAGGAAGACAGAAAAAUGGCCUCGGAUGUCGAGCAAAAUUUGUGUGGAGCGAAUAACAACAUCCGUUCAGUUCCGCGCGGUGGAACGGCAUCCUUCGCGAUCACGGAGGGCGAAGUUUUGAUUGAAAGCGAAUUUUUGGAGCUGAACAGCCAGCAUCACUAUUCUAAGACGGUUCAUAUUUUAUUGACGGAUGAGUUUGUUUUUGUCAAAGAGAUGAGAGAUCUCAGGGAAUCAGACACUCAUGUGCUUCAGUACGAGUCAGCCAAAACAGUUAAGAAAUUUCUGCGUUCAGACGUGAGCAUGACGGUUUGUCAGGGAAGUCCGUUUACUUUCAAAGCUAAAUGGAGCAAAGAAGCUUCAUCGUGGAAAAGGUACGAACUCUGCGGCAAGGAAGAGGUCUGGCCGAAGUGGCUUCGGAGUUUUAGUGUGGAAGAACCCCGAGGGCAUCAUAUGAUCCCGUCCAGUAGUAUCUGUGAAAUGGAAGGCGACUCCGACUCUGAUGAUUGCAGCGAGGAAGAUGAUGGUGAAGAAAUUCAAAUGCCGGGAUAUGCUUUGACUCUUUCUGUCGAACGUACGAUUUCCAUGUGGUCUAUGUCGAUGUUGAACCCAAGCAGAGUACGUAGACAAGUUAUUGGUCAACGACGCUCUCUUCCUCAGCUUGAGGGCGAUUUGGAAAAAAUCCAUGUGGACGAUCUUUCCGAUAGUUUCACUGCAGAAUCGUUGUAUAGAUCGAACUCGCAUCCUAGAUUAUCUCUCUCCAAAUCUUUUCGAUUCCCUUCGUUGCCAGACGGUAGUGACUUGGAGAAUGUUUGUGUAGAUUCAGAUUUGAAAAAUUAUGCUUGCAGGAGUAGAGAUCAAAGUAGUACAGACUGUCCAAGUCUAGUGUUGAACUCUUCUAUGUUACAACAAUGUGAGGGGCACAGUAAAUAUGCAACCCUCACCAAAUUACAGCAGAAAGUUGAAAAUCUGCGUUCUCAUCCUUCUAAUCUUAAUUUUGUGAGAAGGAGUAAACAUGAAGAUGUACCAUUGUGGGAUACCCUAACCCCGCCUAAGCACCGUCGCAAACACUCCCUUAAUGUUGCCAUGAAUAAUGAGGCCAACAGGAUCUCUAUGCCAUCAGACUCUGGAACAAAAAGGAGUUGCCGCAGCCCUACUUUUGGCAAGCAGGAGUCAAUUGAGGAAGACAUAUCAGUAAAGGAUACCCAUGAAACCAGAACAACAGAUGCUUCAGUGAGCCCAAAAGAGACAGAUUCAUCUGGUAGUGUUAAAAUGAUUGAAAAGAGAUCAGAAUCUUUGCCCUCUUGUAAGAGACCUGAUUUGUCACAUGUUUCUCAUUCAGCUUCGGAGAGGAGAAGAAAGGUUGGGGUAGUGAGGCAGUUAGACUUCAAAGAUGAUAUGGCAGUGGACUUGAUUGACAGCAGUCAACCACCUCGCAAAGAAAAAAUUAAAAGGUUUUGGACUAUCUUAUCUAAGAAGAGACCAAAGUUAAAGACACAAUUAACAGGAGAUGACGAUUCCUUGAAAAACCUUGAUAGUAUCAAUCAUGAUGAUGACAAUUUGUCAAGUGUUUUAGAAUUUGAGUCACCACCAAAUGGCUUUGCUGGAGUUGCUCGCCGUGGUGGGCUAAGCAGCAUUUUCUCAGCUAUACCAAAAGACAAAGCAACUGGAGCAAUAUCAACCAGUGAGGAGCGAAGGACAGUAACAUCACCAGUUCAAAGCAAGCAAGACUCAUCUAUGGAAACGACUCCUAUAGGAAAACCCAGUUUCUCGUAUAGUGGAAGCAUGCGAAAGAAGAAGCUUGUCAAGAGAAUUUUGUCCCCUAUCUUCAAAGCCACUUCUCAAGAAGAAGAAACAAGUAACCAGGUCAACAGUCCAACAGGCGAGGUUCCUCAGAGCCCCGACUCAGUCGACAGUUCUGCCCCAGAUCUCUCUCAGCGACUCGUUGAUAUAGACGCUUCGCUGUUUGCGCGGGAAAUCACACUUAUUGACAAAGAACUGUUUGUGAGAAUUCCUUGGCCUGAGUUGGCCAACUGUGGCUGGAUGACUAAAGAUAAGUAUGUGACUUCCCCAAAUGUGAUGGCAAUGGUGGAGUUUUUCAACCGCAUCGCACUCUUAGCUGCGUCUGAAAUUCUGUCUCAGGAAACAACUCUAGGGCGGGCAAGAGCAAUCUCCAAAGUCAUCCAGAUCGCCGAAAAGUGCCAUCUCUUGGGAAACUUUAAUUCUCUCAAGGCUCUUUUGGCUGGUCUCCAGUCCACACCAGUCUAUAGACUGAAAGAGACCUGGAAAGAGGUGCCUUCGAAGAGGAAAAAGAAGUUUCGAGACCUGUCUAUCCUGAUGGGAGAAAGUGAGAAUUUCAGGCUGUAUCGUGAAGAGCUCUCCGCCAGUUUGGAAAACGGCCCUUGUGUACCGUUCCUUGGGAACUUUUUGACCGAAAUUGCCCAGACUCACACAUACUUGGCUUACAAAAGAAAAAACGGUGUUAAAGGAAGUAAACAAUCUUCGCUGUUGGCCCAAAACGGUAAAUUUGAUAGGGCAGAUGGAGCCAACAUCAACGGUGAAACUCCAAAAUGCAAUGGCAUUACUAGUCUCAAUGUAAACAACGUGAACGUAACGUCUGAUGGACAGAGUUCACCGCGUGACAAAGAAAGUGUCACGGUGGAUUCUAGUGAUAAGCGGACCGCUAAAGUGAAGCGGACGCCGUCACGCAGCAAGCUAUGGCGAUUUCACAACCGACAGAGUAUAAAUGAUAGUGGUGUCAUGUUGAAUCGUAGCCGGAACAACAGUGCCGAGGUUUUAGACAUUCCCAAUGGAGAUAUGCAUAAAGUCAUGACUUCGAGUUCAGAUUCGGUGAUCAACAGCUCGUGUUCGUUGAAUGAAAGCCCUCGGAGCGCAAGGAACGGUAGCGCGCGCACGUCUAACAAACCAUCUUUGUUGAGAAGACUGUCUGAAACUUCUUCGAAUCAUAAUGGGGUGUCUUUUUCGAAUAAGCCUAAGAGGCGUUUAUCGGAAACCAAGUCGAGUGAGAGUCGCCGCGCGUUUCUAAAGGGACUGGUUCGGAGAACGCCGAGCAGUCAGUCAGUGAAGGAAGGAAGGGUUUCACGUGGAACUUCUAAUGAAAAACUCACCGUCAGUCUGAGCACAUUAUCAGUCGCGGAGAACUCGAACAAUCUAAGAUUCAAAGAAUUGGCUAAAUCUCAAAGCAGUCCGUCGGUGGAGGAAGGUGGCAGGCUCU